CCAGAUAUGUCUCUCAGAUACUUUGACUGCCUUGCCUUCGGGUUAUUUUCUCUACGCAGCGGUUGCAGCAGGAACCGUUGAAGAGUCACGAGGUUUGGAUUACAGUGAGAGGGCGCAGACCCGCUGAGGUUAGGAGCGGAUGGUAUAAAACAGGGGGCUGACGGGGGCUGGGCCUCAGUCCCUGGACCUGCACCAUCAUGGAAGCUGCUCUUUGGGUGUGCCUCAGUCUGCUCUGUCUGCAGGGCAGCUUUCUCCAGCUCACACGUGGUGCAGACUGCACUGGGACAUCACCGGUGGAAGACUGUGUUAAUGGGCAGACCACCGGAGGAAAGAAGGAUGGGCUUCUGCGGCUGAUUCCAUCUGCUCCAAGAGAGACCCAUACCCAGAAAAAGCCACAGAGAGGACGACUUGAGGCACAAUCUGUACUUGGUAGGUGGAAGGAUGACAACAUACUGUCGGCCGUGCCGUUGGACAGACAGGAGAGAGAGUUGGGGAAGCACUCCAGCCUUCCUGGGUCCUUCUCAACUAAGGGCUUCCCCAACACACUCAUCCAAGUUGAGACAGAGCGGGCCAGGAGACACUUGGGCCAGUCUGGGACCAAGAAGAAGAACAAGCCUAAAUCCAGAGUGGGAUCUUUUUCUCUGCUCAGCAACAACCCCAGCGCCACCAUACAGGUAACCAGAGUACGGAGGCAGCUGCAGAAGGAGAAGAAGAAAGGGAAGCCAAGAGGACGAACAGGAGUGUACUCCGCUAUGGACGUCCCAGACAAACCUGAACCCUUGGGACAAAGGCCCAAGAGGAGCCCACAGAAGAAGAAACAGACCAAGAGAAUUGUUUGUUCAUAAACAUUUCAUUAAACGAAACAAGGGACUUUGCGGAAGUGCUACUGCUUCAAUAGUUCAUAAACUGUAUUUUAUAUCUUCUUCUCUUUGUAAACAUAUUGGUUUUGUCAUUUUUUCAAUUUAACAAUAAUGUAAUAUAUAUAAUGGAAACACAUCCCUGAGGACAAGUAUACUUACAAUACUUUUGAGAACUCCUUUAAUAUUCUCUUUUAUUAUAGCUAUUUGUUGUCGUUGUCGUUGGUCGAUGGUGAUUAUUUGGCAACUGUGCAUAUUAUCAGGUUUAAAUAAAGUAAACUUGUAUUGUA